UGGUAGUGUUGAGAGUCAAAUUUAUUGGCUCAGAUAUUUGUGCAGCCACGUCCUCUCUUGCUAACCUCCACCCUCAACGCGGAGCUAUCCAUUGGCACAGGUGCUGAAACGCGUAGGUUCUCAUUCCCUUACAGCGGUGCGAGACUGAGGUUCGAGAGUAAAACAUUUGGAUGAUUGUAUUGACUUUAUCCAUAUAUUUUUGAGACACUUCGGUGGAUAUACAUUGAUUUACUCAGCUUUCAUCAAGAGCGCAUCAAAGGUCCACGUUCUGACCCGGUCAGUUAACGGACUCUUAAGAGGGAGAAAGAUGGCUUUUAUGGUGAAACAAAUGGUGGGAGGGCAUGUGAAGAACCUGACCGGGGGUUUGACUGAGGAAAAGCCCGAAGGAGAGAAAUCGGAAGCCGCAGCGGCAGGAAUGACCCAGGAGGAAUUUGAACAAUAUCAACAACAGUUAGAGGAGGAAAAGCAGGAACGAGAUGCUAGUUUUGCCCAGAAGAAAGCUGAGCGGGCAACAGUUAGAAGUCACUUCCGGGACAAAUACAGACUGCCAAAGAAUGAGCUGGAUGACACUCAGAUCCAGCAGGCGGGGGAUGACGUGGAGCUGCCCACAGAGCUAGCCAAGAUGAUCGCUGAUGACAACAAGGAGGAGGCGUCCAAGACGUCUGUCCUGGGCCAGCUGACCAACAUCCAGAAUGUGGACAUGGACCAGCUGAAGGACAAGGCCCAGGCCACACUGGAAGACCUCAAACAGUCUGCUGAGAAGUGUAAUCUCAUGUGAUCUGGCUGGCUGACUGAAUUCCUGCUCUCUCUCUCUCCCUCCCUUACUCUCUUUAUCUGUACAACAAAGGAUCUAUGUAAGAUAUGAUCUAUGAUCAUGUACAAACGUUGAUAGUCAUGUUGCUUUGAAUACACACACAUACAGUCAACACUGCCUCACAUACACAAACAUACUGCAGCAGCUCCUGGCCAAGGAAUCAGAGUAAACACUGUCUAAGCUGUGGGGGAAUCAGAGUAAACACUGUCUAAGCUGUGGGGGAAUCAGAGUAAACACUGUCUAAGCUGUGGGGGAAUCAGAGUAAACACUGUCUAAGCUGUGGGGGAAUCAGAGCAAACACUGUCUAAGCUGUGGGGGAAUCAGAGCAAACACUGUCUAAGCUGUGGGGGAAUCAGAGCAAACACUGUCUAAGCUGUGGGGGAAUCAGAGUAAACACUGUCUAAGCUGUGGGGGAAUCAGAGUAAACACUGUCUAAGCUGUGGGGGAAUCAGAGUAAACACUGUCUAAGCUGUGGGGAAAUCAGAGUAAACAAUGUCUAAGCUGUGGGGGAAUCAGAGUAAACACUGUCUAAGCUGUGGGGGAAUCAGAGUAAACACUGUCUAAGCUGUGGGGGAAUCAGAGCAAACACUGUCUAAGCUGUGGGGAGGUAAUAGUAUUAUGCCAAAGACCCUUUGCAGAAAACCAUUUAGACAAUGGCACAAAGUAUAUCAACUAGUCAUAUUAAGUGUGAGACUAAAUCAAACUUUCUUGUCUUGGGACCACAUUCAGUACAUUACAAACCAAGUGUCUGUUAUAUCUAUCGCAGGUGUAAAUGUAUUUGCGGUUAGCCUGUUCUGUUGUCCAUCUAGUCUAUGGUCAUUAACUCGUUGGGGCCUUGCUAAGAGACAACUCGUCCUCUGUGAUGCCACCCCAUCUAACCUUUCAACUCUAGCCUUUAACCUGUCCUCAUAUUGACCAUGACCUCUCCAUCUCAGUGUUGUUUUGUGCUGGUGGUUUGGUGUCGUUGCCAAAUGCUGUCUUUGAAAAUGUCAUCCUCUGGCUGAGUGCUGGUCAUAGUGUUUAAUAAGUACACAAUACUAUGAACAUAUAUGAACAUAUAGUAGUUGAUAUUUGUCUGAUUUGUUGUUGUAUCACUAAAUAAAGACGCAGGUGAGAGCAGGAGAGGGGUUUGUCAACCUUAUUUUGAAUUACAGUAAUAUACAGUAUAUAUUUCUUAAAUGCAGUGGUUCAUGUCUUGUAAUAGUUGAACAGUCCUUUCGUGACAUUACAGUAAUUGCAUUUGAAGAAAGGAUGGUGAACAUGCCUUAGUAGCUUGUUUUAUGUGAUAGCUACUUUGUGCUUUCUUGUCAGUUCCAUGAAGCAAAACAAACAAGUGUGAAUAUAAGGAAUUCUUACUCAAGUCUUACAGAGCCUGAUCACCUAUACAUACCUAUCUGUAUUAAAGUGUGUGACCUGCAAUGAUACUAUAAAGCCAACAAAAAUACAUUAUUUCAUUUCCAGUCACCCUAUGGGGUGAUUCAGGUUGAUCUCAUGAUGAUAUUUCAGGAAGAGACGUGUUGUUCAUGAUGUUUCUGUUUCCUGUCCAUAUUCUUUGCUUCUUUUACAUCAUCUUUGUUGUUCAGUGCUGUAUGAAACGUAUUGAUUUUUGACUGGCUGUUGAAACCAUAAUAAACAGAUUUUUAUGAUGUA